AUGAGCUCGCGAGCACAGUUGGACCUCAAGCUUCGUGCUCUUCAAGGCUGUGGCAUCCACGUGGACAGCAUGGACGGCAUGAUCGUCGAUGGCACGGGCAGGCUUCCCGUGACACGGACCGUGCAGGGCGGGGCCCUAGGGAAGACCAAGGAGCGCGCGACGUUCCGCGAGGAUGAGUUACAUCGACUCCUCCGACUCCAUGUGGCGGCCAUGCAGCAGAACGUGCAGGCAGAGCGCGCCGCGGAAGCGCUGGCAAACUUGGACCCCAAACACACUCAGUCAUCGUAUACUGCAAAGUGGCAGCGAACCAAGAAGGCGGACCGGACGGCCGACCUGCAAUUCGACCAGCCUUUCCCAGGCAUCACCCACCGUUCCCCCUGCCACCCCCUCGGACUCCAUGAGGCAGAUUCUCAGGUCGACUCGCCGCUCGCCUCUACCCAGCACGAGACCCGUACGCAAUUCUGCACGGCGGGAGCACGCGAUGGAAAAUGA